AUGAGUAGAUAUGAUCAUCAAACAACAAUUACAGUGGGAUUGAAUUCUAAAAAACUAGAAACAAUUUGGUAUGACAAAUUUAUGGGGCGAGUGCCCGAAGUGAGGAUGUUAGCAACAAAGGAUUUACUUUGGACUCAAUUUUGUAGAUGUAUUAAAGAGGUGGAAAGAGAUGCAAUUCGGAGACAAAUUGGAGAGAAAAUUAUUUCGGAAAAUGAAGAGCUACACAACGAAUUACAAAGCUUGAUCGAGAUUUUACAUGAUUACAGAGGAGAAACUAUUAAAAGCGAAAAACAAAUUGAAUGGGAACGAAUGUCAUUUCAAGGAGACACGGUUUUCAAAAAAGUUAAACUCAAUAUUCAAACUCUGACAGAAAUGUUGAAAAAGCAACAUGAUAUUUGUGUAGAGUCUGACAAAGAAAAACAAGCAUUGUCUUUUAUUCUAAAUGAAUCAAGGCCUCCCAGUCGACCUGAAACUCCACGUCCAUCUUCACGUCACUCCUCCCAUUCAAGUGAUACGAGCUCAUCGUCAGGUUUCUCUGCAGGUUUGGAAAUGAGUGAAGUAGAAAAACAUUUAAAUUUUCUUUCCAUUGAGGAAGUUCUUUGUAAAAUACGGGAGGCCUUUAGUUUUGAAAAAGAAAUUUUGCAAGAGGACAUUGAAUAUAUUCGAGAAUUAAUUGAUGAGGAAUUUUCGUAUAACAAGUCAAUGCAAGAAUAUAAGGUUCCUAGCAUGUCGGACUUGAAAGCUCUUGAAAACAAGCUUCAAGAAAAAGCAAGAAUAUCUACACCUCCUCCAGAAAGGACGAAAUCAACGCCUCUCAAACCAUUACAUCCUUCAAUUACAUCGUCAAACUCCAACAGAACAGCAACUAAGGAAAAGAUACUUUCUAGAUCCAUAACGCCCUCCAUCUCUCUCACCACCUCGACCUCAACAUUGCCAUCAAGGCCUUCCUCAACAGUCAGCAAACUGAAAACUGCAUUACGACAAAGCAGAGAGUUGUCAAAAAUUCAAUAA